AUGACGCAGAGACUAAAGAACGGCCGCUAUCUGCUCUACUUUACGUUCUCCGAGCAGACGGGCCAGCAACGGAUCACCGAUGCGAUCCUGUGGCUGUACAAGAGACGGCAGGACGUGGUCAUCGAUGACCCGGUGGUCAUGAUCGAAGUUCACAGGAUCAACAACAUCAGCAACAGCAUGCAGCAACAGCAUAUUCCACCAGUGUUUGUGGCCAGCAUAAAGCGCGUGCUCAACUCCACCGAACCUGGCUGGGUGCCCAUUGACCUACAUAGGCGCAUGUCCGACUGGUUCAAGACCACGGACGGGGCCAAGAACCUGACACUAGUGGUGCACGCGUACUACGCGAACAAGAACAUCACGCACGUCAGGACGCCUUAUGUAACAGACGCCAGGAAAAGAGAAGACAUGACCGAGAUCCCGUACUUGGAGGUGCACACCCGGGAGGACCGGCGGUCCCGGGCCAGGCGAAACGCUGCAUCCGGGCUGACGUGCAACGAGACGUCCACGGAGACCCGGUGCUGCAAGUUCCCGUUGACGGUCGACUUCGAGGAGUUUGGCUGGCACUGGAUCAUCGCGCCCAAGCGGUACGUGGCCAACUACUGUUCUGGCGUGUGCGACCCGAUGCUGUUCCCGAAGUACCCACACACCCACCUGGUGCAGAUGACCAAGUUUGGCACGGGACCGUGCUGCGCGCCCCGCAAGAUGUCCGCCAUAUCCAUGUUGUACUACGACCCCGACUUCAACAUCAUCUACGGCAUGCUGCCCGGCAUGGUGGUGGAGAGGUGUGGCUGUAGCUAA